AAAGUAAAACGAUAAACACACUAAGACCACAAACAUCGCUUCAUAUUUCUGAUUUAAACUGUAUCCAAAUCAAGAUUGUUUAAUGCACAAAAUACUGUGAUAAGAAGGAAGUCGAUUCAGUUGUUUCACGUUGCCAUCAUGAAAACAUAUUUAAUAAUACUAACUGUUAUUAUUGCAUGCUCAUCGGAGCCACACUGCUCUAUAUAUCACUAUGAGGAAAAAUUGCUUGAAAAGAUGAUCAGAACAGAAAUCAUUGUUGAAAACAUAAAGAAACAAAUGGAUGACAUAGCAACUAGAGUUACCGGGGCAUUAGCAAAACUUAACGAAGAUACAGCCACAUGGAAAGGGGAAAUAGAGGCGUUGCAAGAAAACAGUGAGGCAAACCUAAUCACAUUGCAAGAGAAAGCAAAGAGCGAGUUAGACAAAAGCAUGCAAGCAGUGCAAGACCUUAAAGAUAAAGUUGUGUCACCAAAUAUUGCAUUUCAUGCGAAGAACGUGAAAAAUAGAAAUCCCGUGGCUGGUGAUACCAUUGUAUUCACUGAUAUUCUCCUUAAUCUUGGCGAGAGUUACAAUACUGAUACUGGAGUAUUUACUGUUCCACUUGGAGGCAUUUAUCUGUUUACUGUUCAGUUAUGUAUUUAUAAGAGUCAACCAUUUGAUUAUGGAUUAAUUAUUGAUGGUGUUUAUAUAGAUAAAGCAAGAUAUCGACACAACAAUAAUGGAGCUUCCUGCCACAAGUUAACUACAACAAUCUCAGUAAAGUCAGGGAACAAAGUUUGGGUAAAGGUGAUAUAUCGAUCUGGAAGCGGCCAAAUUUUACUUCACAGUGACACAAGCUAUUGGACAUCAUUCUCCGGAGUUCUCAUUCAUACAUAUUGAUUCAGUAUGUUCAAAUUAAAGUAUACAUACAAAGAAGUAUAACAUUUACUUGAUUAUAUUUUAACGUUUGGAUUGUAUUACUCAGAGUGUUUUAAUUGAUUAUAUUUUAUAUUCAUCCUUUUCCAAUAACAGUGCUUGUUUUUUAAAAAUACUUCUAAGUACAUUUUCUAUAUUAUAAUUGCAAUAAUGUGAUAUAUUUUUACAAUAAAAUAAUGAACAAUUUUGACUGCACAAUAAUACAUCAUUCAUAAACAAAUGGAAAUUUUAGCAGACCGAAGUAUAUAAAAUGUGAAAAAAGAUAUUGCAAACACACAAACAUUUUAUCAAUCUUAUGUUUACAUGUAAUUAUAAUCAUAUCAAAUAGUUUUGAUAAGAUAAUUGUAUUUAAAUCAAAGAAAACCUAUUAGUAUUUACCUGUAAGAUCCAAUUGUACAUGUUUUUCACGUGUUAACAUCAGUUAUUAUUCAUAUUUCACUAUGAAGUACCAGUUAUGAUCCUGAACAUCAGUAGUCAUUUAUAUGCCACUCAUGAGGACCAGUUGUUACAUUUUCAAAAAUCAUUAAAAUAUUGUUUCCUGCUCCUCCAUUUUCUACUUUCAUUUUAAUUUGUAAUAAAACGUUAGAAAUAUAUUCCUGGUUCAAUGGUGGAAAUGGGGUAGGAAUAUUUUUGUAUGUAUGGUUUGUUACAGCGUGCGAAAAAAAUAAAUUGGCCGUGUUUAUCUAUCUUAAAGAGAAGAUAAGUAAUAUAAAAUAUCAUUAAUCCUCCAUAGGAAAGUUGAAAAAUGUAAGAAAUAUUUUACUGUCUAGCAUGAACAUUAUUUCCGGAUAUUCAGCUUGAUAACGAAAGUUAAAAUUGUGUUGUCAGCUUAUAAUGAAUUUUGCUGGGCCAGAAUCCCAUAAGACUAUUAUUCGUUCUAUUGAAAUACUAAAGCCUCAAAUGCAUGUUAUAUUUUUCUUUUUCUGGACUUCUUUUUAGAGAUGCUGUCCCGAAUAUCAAAUACUCAAUGUUGGUUUCAAAAUAAAUUAUGAAAGUUCAUUUUGAUACAGAGAUGUUUCAGCAAAAUCACCCACUGACUCACUCACACAAACACGUACGUGCGCCACUGACACUCACUCACUUACUCACUCACUCACUCACUCACUCACUCACUCACUCACUCACUCACUCACUCAAAGGAACAUGCACAUAAUUCAUUUUUUUAAACACAGCUAGUUGUUCUUGCACUUGUUAUAAAAUCUUAAAUGCAUCAACACUUGAUAUUAAAUUUUAGGUUGAAAGGUAUUUGUAUGUUAGAGAUUUAUUUAACCAUAAAAAAUCAGUCUAAUGAUAAUAAUAAAUGCCAGUUUAAUUAUAAAUUAUAAACAUAUGUUGUGAAGUGUUUUUCGACCAUAUACAACCGCGUAUUUACAAAUAUUUAAACGCUAACAUAAUAUAGCACACACACACAAGUGUUUUGUCUUUAAUGCGUGAAGUUCAACGGUUGAUGUGGUUCUUUUCUCAGCUUUUUUAAACAUAUUUAUUAUUUGUGCUCGUUGACGAAACAAGCUCUUGCAACUGAUGUUAAUCACGUUCGAGUCCCCUUCCUGAUACAAACUAGUACUGAUGUCAAAUGAAGAAACAUCGUCGUGACCCGAUUAUGGUUCGAUCCCAUGAUCCCUGGGUUGAGAGGCAGACACCUUAACCACUAGGUCUACGCUCCCCUUUUUUCAUUGAUAUAUGGCCACACGUUAAGGAGAAGAAUUCUAUAAGACCUAGUCUUUCGUUCUAAUCCUCUUCAUUGAAUAUUGUUAAAUUUUGUAUGUGUAUAUAAUUCAAAUGUUAUUAUGUACAUAUUCUGAGAAUAAAUAUGUUUAAACUAAA